AUGAUUAUAUCAAAUAAUCAACAGGUCUCUUCUGAGAUUAGUAGUAAUAGUAGUAGUAAUACAACUAAUUCACCAACGACUAGUAGUAUACUACCUCUCACAACAAUCACAUCUCCAUCAUCAUUGGAAUCAAUCGCAACCACCACCACUACCUCUACCGACCCAUCAUACAAUAGUACAAAUAGUAUGAAUAUACAUACAAGCAUAUCUCCACCCAUCAAUAUUAUUAGCGAUCAAUCAACGACGACGAUGAUGAUGAUGCAGUUGACACCGGACCAAUUGCAGCAAGCGACAUUGGAGCAGAUACUGUCAUCGACACCAUCAUCGUCUAGUUUUAAAUUGGGUGUACAUAGACAUAGAUACAAUGGAAGUAACAAUAGUAACGGCAGUCACAGUAGUAGUAGCACCACCGCGACGACCGCACCGGGUGGUGGCAGCAGUCAUGGUACACCCACCACGACGACGUCGACGACACCGGCGACCACCAACAAUGGGUUUCAGCUCUUUCCACAACACAACCAUCGUAUCAGUGCCAUAAGCACCGUCAGCAACACGAGCAAGCGUAUGAGUAGCUACUCGGGUGGCGGAGGUAGCAACAUCGAGACAGACGUGGAACAACACGUAUAUAGUAUGGUAGGCUCGGAUCUCCAUGAGAAUCUUGGCGAUGACGAAAAUGACAAUCGUGACGACGACGACGACGACAACUCGGUUGGAGAGGGUGGUGACACUGCCAUUCACGACCAACCAUCUUUCAACGAGCUUACCAUCACUUGUGACACACUGACCGAAACAGAUGAGGACGAUGAUCUCGUCCAAUUCAUCCAAGACGACGAUGGCACCGAAACCGAAACAGAAUCAGAGACCGACACUGAAAUUGAACUAACCAACAAGAACAAAAACAAUAGACUCUUAAAACUAUUGAUUCAACAACAAGAAAAACAAAUACUUGAACAACAACUUCAAGAACAACAACAACAACAACAACUUCAACAAACUCAACAAAUACAACAUCUUUCAACUUUGGAGGAGGAUGAUACUGAUGGUGAUGAGGCCGAUAAAGAAGAUGGUGAUGAUGACGACGACGACACUACAAUCGAAGAUACUGAUGAUGAACUGGUUGAUGAUGUUCAACAACAGUUAUCAGUUAUUAAUCUUGCAAGAGAACGAAUCAUUAUGCAAGAUGACGAUGAUGAAAAUACUUUAAUCACUACAACACCAACUAUUUCAACAACUACUUGUACAACAUCAUCAAUGUCAACAAUGUCAAAUUCAAUAACAACAAUUGUAGAGACUGAUGAACCAAUUCAAUUGCCAACAUUAAAACAGAAUCAUUUAUUGAGACCGCCGCUACAUGGUCAAUCAUUGAACAAUUCGACAGAUGAUAUCAACGAGGAAGAGUUUUUAAUCUUUCAGAAUCAAUUCCUUUAUGAUAUGAGUCAUAAUACUAGUAGCUCGGUACAAGAGGUUACGCAGCAAACGCAGCAAUUGAUAGAAUUUAGACAAAACCAACAACAACGAAGAAUAGAACGCGAACGUUUAAUUAGAAUCGAGGAACAAGACAAGAGAAUAGAGUUGAUGCGUAUCGAACACGAAUUGCACAUGACGCGAAGAAGAGAGCAAGAGGAGCGAAAGCAUCAAGUACAACUAGCCCAUAUCCACCAGUUACAAGAGCUCCAUCACAGCGGAUCAUCCUCAUCGUCCAAACGACACAGCAAAUUGUCAUCGUCGACCAUUUUCAACUCCAAGGCGGUCAAGUCCACCCCGGUGCUCAUGCAAACAUCGUCGACACACAAAAAGACAAAGUCAUCAACACACUCUAUCCCAAGCGCACUACUCUCCAAACACGUGUCGUCACCCACCAAUAUGGUUCCAUCACCCUCUUCAUCCAAGAUAUUCGACCAACCUCCUCUUCAACAAUCACACAUGUCAUCACCCCGAGGUGGCGUCUAUGAUCUUAAAAAUGUAGCGGGAUCGGUUGAUUCAAUAUCGUCACUGUCAUCCUAUCAUUCGGCAUCAUCAUCUGUACGCAGUUCACCCUUGUUUUUGGCUAGUCCAUUGGUCAGUCCAAGAUAUGAAAAUCAAUCAUUGGCAUCUUCCACAUCUUCCAUGAUUGAUCCAACAUCCAGCAAUCAUAUGAUGAUGAUGGCUGCCUCCUCAUCAAUCGAUAGUGGUUAUCCAAUCUCCCCAACUUCAGCUGCAUCAACUACCAAGAAUCAUUUAUCCUUUUCAUCAAGUUCUAUUUCUCCUCCACCUGAUCAUCAUGAAUCAAAUAAUCAUAAUCAUAAUCAAAAUAAUAAUAAUCAUCAUAAUAAUAAUCAUCAUAAUAAUAAUAAUAGUCAUCCAAAUAGUCAUCAUCGUGGUCAUCACCAUAGUCAUAGCAAGGAUAAUAGUAGUGGAGGUGGUAAAAAGUCACAAUUUUUUACCAACCUUUUCAAUGUAAAGAAAUUAUCACAAAAUCUUAAAGAGGGUAGGGAUAGAGACAGAGACAAGGAUUCCUAUGGUAGUAAUAGUAGUCGUGGUAGCAACAACUCUAAAGACAAUGAAGAAUGCUAUGUACAGAUAUAUAGAGGCAAUGGUGAAAGUUGGCGUGCAAAGGUCAAUCGAUCAACCACUGUUCGUGAUGUGUUUGGUAUGGUUCGUGGCACAUCCAAUCAGACAGACAACGAAUACGAAUUGUAUAUUUCAAAACCUCAUGAUAAUACGCCUGCAUGUCUCUCUGACAGCGGUCAAUUUUUCCAACCACCACAAAUACAACAAUCACCUUCAGCAAUCAGUUCAUCAUUGGGUAGUAAUUCUUUGGCCAAUAGUGGUGGAAUCAAACAAACCAAUCGACAAUUACAUGAAGAUGAAAAAUUGUUAAAAGCUCAAAGAAAGUGGACUGGUCCAUCAAUCUUUAUUUUAAAAACUAUUUCAAAACCAAGAACAUCAGUUUGUUCAAAUUUUUCAGAAUCAUCAGAUCAUAAUAUAUAUUAUACACCAAAAUCAACAUUUAAUGACAAUCCUUCACCAAUACCUUCACCUUGGUCUUCACCUCUUUCACCACCAUCCAACAUGUCCUAUGUCAAUGGUGUCGGUGGUGUUGAAUCUAUUCCAUCGUUUAAUUUGGAUAGUCAUUUGCCAAUGACUACGACGACGGUCAAUUCGUCAGAGUUAUCAACUAGUCCUCCACCAGUCUCUGCAUCAACGUCAUCUGCAUUUGCCAAUGGUUAUGUUCCCACCUCUCAAUCGUUUUCUUCAGCGCUCAAUGGUGACUGGAAGGUGGGUGAAAGACCAAAAGGUAUUGUACAGUGGAUCAACCCAGAUGAACUAGAACUCAUCAAAAAGGUGGGUGCAGGAUCGUUUGCAAAGGUCUACAAAGGCAAAUACAUGGGCGAGACUGUUGCCAUCAAGGUGCUCAAAGAUAAUUCACCAGAGCAAUUGGAAAAUUUCAAAAAGGAAUACGAUAGUCUUAGUAUGGUGUCGUCUCCUCAACUCAUCCGUUUCUAUGGUGCCUGUAAAGAAAAGAAGCUAAAGAUGGUCAUGGAGUAUUGUCGUUUCGGUAGUCUCAACAAUAUAAUGAACAAGAAACGUUUCGAAUUAUCUUGGCCACUUGUAUUAAAAUGGAUGCUUCAAGCAUUCCAUGGUGUUAAUUGUUUACAUAAUACUGGACUUGUACAUAGAGAUAUUAAAUCACAUAAUCUACUUAUUAAUUCAAAUUUUGAUCUUAAAGUUGCUGAUUUGGGAUUAACCAAACCAGCAGAUAUACAAACAAAUGGAAAUCUAAAGGGAACUAUGGCAUAUUGCGCACCAGAAUUGUACUCUGGUGAACAGUACAAGCCAAGUUGUGACAUUUAUUCAAUGGGUGUUGUUUUGUGGGAGAUUGUCAAUCGAUGCAUUAUGGGCAAGUACCAACGACCCUUUAGUGAUAAUCCAGAAAUCUCUUUUGAUUUCCAAAUUAUCAUUCUCACAUCGAAGCAACGUAUUCGUCCGACAAUGCCUCCAUCAGUCCCUCCUAAACUAGAACAACUUAUUCGUUCUUGUUGGGAUCAGGAUGCUUCCAAGAGACCCGAUGGAAAUCAGGUCAUUGAAGUAUUGGAAAAACUUUGUUCCGAAUAUAUGGCAAACAAACAAGAAUGGGAUGAAAUCAUUCCUCAACAUCAACAAGCGAUAUCAACUGCCACUACCACCAUCACCACCACAGCUCCAACAACAACAACUACCAACAUUCCUGAUCAUAUUGAAAUCAUUCCAAACUAA